GGGGUCCCGGGGCCGCGCUCAGUGCACGGUGGAGCUCCCGCUGCAGCCCCGGUCACGCCCGCGGGCCCAGGAGGGAGGCGGCGGUUACCGGGGGCCGCCGUGGCCUCUUCCCCCCCCCCCCGCCCCGGUUCCCCCCCCGGUUCUCCCCCGGUGAAGACCCUUCGGGCAGCGGCUCCAGCUGCUCAAAGGUUCCUUCCACUGAAACGGUUCGGCAGAGCCGAGGGGUCAGUGCCUUCGGGGGUCGUGGGGUCAAUCUCGACGAUUUCAGCUCGACCCCAGUCCCUGGGGAACGGGGAGGACAAUGAUCCCGGCUUCCCAACAGGAACGACGGCCGGAGCAACCGCCAUCGAGCCAGAACGGCAGCCGUAGGUCACCAGAACCAGGCAUCAACUAAAACGGGGCGUAGGAGUGGGCGAGGUGGGCGCCGGGUUAGUGAAAUGUUCCCAUUUGUGGUGAUUUUUGGACUAAAUCAUCGUAAUCUGGUUAUUUUUCCUUCGGCGCGGAGCAAAUAGGAUUGGCAUCGGCAACCUGGGAAUCCCUACGGCUUUUCAAUCCCGUGUUUCGUGUUCGAACUGGAGAGAACUUUGCUGCCAGCCUCCAUCCUCGUGCUGAGGGCUUUCGCCUCAGUGAAAAGCUGUUGUUGGUUUUUUUCGUGUGCCUGUUUCGUAGCGCCAGGCAUUGGGGCGAAGAUCUGUGCGUAACUGCCAAGGCCGUACUCGGAUUCGGGUCGCUCAGCCGUGCCGCAGCGAGACAUGAGCUUAAAAACAACUCCCGAGAGUUUACCCGUCUUGAUCUCAGGAGGAAAGGGAGUUUCUCAUCUGGCUAAUUACAGGUUGCCUCGCUGCCGAGCCGUGGACUCCGUAUGCUUUCCUUGUGGGCGAGGAGGCUGGCGGUGACUCACUGGCUCGAGCAUCUCUGACAAUCCCAUGCUUAAGGGAAAUGUCUUUGCACCAACGCCGUGUCGUGGGAGUCGCUUACGCAAGGAGCGCGGUAACGGGUCGGAUCCUCCCAGGAGGUGGCAACGGCUCCUCGUUACACCAGGGAGAGCGUGGCUCGUGGCUUACCCGUCUGUAAAAUGGGCUAACACCGGCAUGGUGCUGUAUACGUGAUAAUUAGUUACUGCGAUGCACUUGCGGCAUGCGCAGAGGGGAGACGAUUUGCAACUUUGAAUUGCAGGGCUAAAAAAGACGUUCUUGUCAGCUUAAGUCGCGUAGCCGGAAAAGCCAAACCUGGUGGCUGGAAUCCUCCGCAUCGGAUCGCCAACAACAUCAGAUUUCUUCUUCCUGACCCUGCCACAUGUUUCCAGUCCUCGGCGAAGACUGAUCGCAGUCGCUGCCGUUCACACGCUGCAGUUGGACUUUCUGGUUUGGGUUUGGGUUCACUUUCCACUGCGCCUUGCAUGGAGCUUGGCUAUUCCUGACCCUGGAAGAGCUGUGCUCUUCUAUACACUGCGGUAUACAAAGCGUGCAAACUCCUGUUGCAGGAGGAGAGCGGGCUGGUUGGUUGGAGCUUAAAGCAUCGUGGCAGUUUUUUCUUUGGCACUUCUUUUCUUCAUAGUGUUUAAAAUAAAAUUUAAAAAAAAGCCUUGCGGUGCUAAUUGUGAGACUUGGGUUAAUAGUUUCAGUAGAACAAAAGCUGCUGUUUAAAGAAGGUGUAAAAGGAAAAUAGAACAGUUGGCGCAAUGACUUGUGGCAUUGCAGCUUUAACCUGUACGGAGCAGGGACUGCCCGCACCAAGCUACUUUCUGCUGACUGCGAGUCGUUACCCUGGCAUAGAGAGAAAACCAUUCUUUUCCCAGGAAAUACAAAGGAUGUUCUCGGUGGAAAAUGUAUUGGUGAAGCUGCCGCGCAGUGGCUUGAGUGGUGUGUGCCUGCGCCGUGUCAUUUUUUGGGGAAACGUGAUGUUUAAACUACUUGAACAUGCGCUUUUGCUUGCUAAAGAAAUAAGCUUAUAGAGGGGAGAUGGUGCGGCAGCUCACGGCUUUUACGUUUGAUGCAACUGGAAGGGAUGUCUGUCAAGAUAUUCGUUACGAGCACGCGACUCGGAAGAGCCUGCUUAUGGAGCCAGGCUUCCUCCAAGCGCAGCUCUAGAUGUGAAACACUUGUCAACUCUUGGCAUGUGAGCGGUGGGUAUUAAGUGUGCAAAUCCCUGCCAGAGUAGGGAAGGCAGGGGAUGCAAAGAAGAGUUGCGCGCCCAAAUACUUAUGAAGAUCAGGACUGUGGUCUUUCUAGUGCCUCAAUUUUUGUUGGUAUAGUUUUCUGCUGAGAGUUUACCAUGUUUCUGGUGAGUCUCUGCCGCUCCGUGCCGUGCAGUUGCAGCAGGAUGCGACUUUCCUCUCUGUGGCAGCACUGGAAGGGAUGCUCUCUCGCCCCGUAUCUUAACAAGUGCCUUGGCUCUGACAGUGCUUUAAUUAAACUGUAAACCCAUCUCUUCAAAUGACAGAAAAAUAGAUUUACCCAGCUGGAAGAGGGCUGGAUCAAAAUAGUAUGGGGAGAAAACGAUGCAAAAUUGGUGGCAAAAUCUGCCAUGGCCUGAUUUGCGGAGGUGCUGAUUGCGAGCAUCCCACGGGAGGCUGGCGAGGACAGCAAGUGCUGGGCUCUCUUGCAGAACCAGGGUUUGCGCUGGAAAUAGUAGUGGCCUGGUUUAAGCAGGUGAAUUUGUCUCAAACUGAAUUUACUUGCGUGUAGCUGCUGAGAAAACUGUGUUUAUUUUAGAUACGUGCCUCAUAGUUGGCUAAAAUGGGAAGAGAGCCUAAUACAGAUUGUUAUAUAAUUACUAUAAUUCUUAGGAGUAUCACCCUGCUCCUGAGAACGCUAUGAGAAUGGGUGCUGCUGGGCUCGUCAUACGAUUUGGCUUUAUCAAGCAUAAGGAAGGAUGAUUUUAGGAAACUGCUUUGUGCAGUCCUUUCUUCACCUCCUGUUCCUGCCGCUGCUAUCCCUCAUCCUAAUGAGGUGGUUAACGCAGCCCCAUGAAGUGUGGUGUGUUUCUGGCCAAACUAAUUCUACGCUGCCGUGGGAUCCUCGCCAUCAGCUCUUGUUUAUCCCAAAUGCGGUUACGCUUUUGCUCCCGGGUGCUGUGUCUGUGCCGGCUGGCCUGGGGUCUCAUCCCUGCUGGACCAAGCAUCCUCUCCCAUGGGCAGCCUUUGGAGAUGACAAGUUGAUGCUUAAGUGGAAGCAAGGACUUUGUGAAAAUUAGAUCGUGCAUGCUCAUCCUUACAAAUUAUUGGACUGCAACGACAAUGCUUUUUUUUAAUGCAAUACAUGAUCUGUGUUAGGGUUUGAGCCGUUGUUUACCCUUCAGGACCUAACAGAAAGUUAGGGUUUGUAAUUUAUUCUGAAAAGCACAAACGCUUUCCAAAGAGGAAUUGAUAAGUCAGAGUGAUGAUGGUGUGGGUAGAGCCUUAAUGAAGCUGCUGCGUUUGUGUUGGAGAGUUUUCUGGCUUUUAUACGGCUUGGAGGCUUCAUUCCUGUGCGGCUGCUGACGUGUUCUUCAACCCAAGUUUUAGAAUAAUGAGGGUGUUGAAAUUAGCAUGGUUGUAUUUAGAGCAAAGGGAAGCAGGCGGUUGUAGCUCUGGAAAAUAGGGUGAAGUUUUUAUUUAAAAACAGUUAAGCAUGUGGAAACCGUCACAUUUUUAUAAACUUUCACUGUGACUCUUGCUUAACUGCUGCUUUUCUCAUGCUCUGACUCUUGAGCAACAGCGUAUUUUUAAGAACGCCUUUUCCCUGCUGGAAAACCUCCAUUUGUGGGGACAGUGUGCUGUCCUGAAGCAGCCGGGAUUGUGCCAAAAAUCUGCAGGAGACUUCCGAGGCUAGGGUUUCACAAGACGGUAAGUCUUGUUGAAGAGCUACUUGUACCAAGCACGAGAUGUGUAGCCCUGUGACCUCAGGGCUACAUCCAGCCUGACUGUGGGCUGCCCGUUGCAUCUAUGAACAAAUAUUCCACUUUUUGCCUUGCGGACUGGUUUCUUUUUUUUGCAUCCACAGCGCCCUUUCUUUGGGCUGAAGGAGUUGGCGAGCUCGCAGGUUUUCUUGCACCUUCCUUUUCACCAGGAAUAACUAUUUUGCUGGGCUUUGGUAACAGAGGUUUGAUGAUCUGCCAGUUUGAUUUUUGCCCUCGAUGAAGCGAGAGCUGCGCAGUCCUUAUCCAGUCUCGUACAGCACCUAGUCGGAGCUUAGCGACUAUAAUAAAGGUAUUGGGUCAGGUCAGGUUCAGCACGGCAUUGCUAAUCCCAGCUCUGUGUUUCAGCUGUUCUUGCAUGCGUUAGGUAACCUGCCGGCGUCAGGUCAGGUAUGCAGGCUGGGACAGAGGCAGCGCCCUGCCAUUGUGGGAAGGAGGAGAAAGCGAGGAACCUCCCUCAAGGACCUUCAGAUCUUGCUCAUUUGGAGCUGAGCCAUGUGAAUGUUUAAAAUACUGGCCUGGAUCUUGGUCUCUGGCUGCGAGGCGAGUGCACUUGCUGUUUUUCUGGGGUUUUCCCCAAGAUUAUUUAUGAAACGUCCGAUGAUGGUCUGGCUGGGACGUGGAAACUUUUCUCAGGCUCGUGUUUUUGCUGCCUAGCGCUCGUCUGUCUCCUGCCUCUGAAAUAAGCCUGUGAAUCCUUCCAGUGUCUCAUAAGGUGAUACGGCAAAUUCUUGGGAAAAGCAUAAUGCUGAGAGAUGCCAGUGUUUGCCUCGAACGGAGGGGUUGUUUUUAACCGGGAGGCAAGAAGCGAGCAGCACGAUUCCCGCUCUGGUCCCUCGUGUUUCGCCCGCAUAGUUCAGCACUUGCAUCAUGGCAGAAGAGGCGUUGGGCUCGGAGGAUUCCUGACAGUCUAGGACAUUGUGAUUUCUAAAACAAGGAGUCACGCACGGUUCAAAGACAAUAUUGACACCAUUGUCAGCUCCGGGGCUCGGUCGGUACGUACUUGGUGGAAGUCUCUGUCUGAGCCGCCUGUGCUGCCACUGACACCAGGACAAGAGCUGAACGGGAGGGAGAGUGGGAAAAAAUGCACUGCACUUCUCGGUCUUGCUUCUCCUGUUUGUUUGCAGGGAGAUGGCUGAAAUGGGAUAACUUCUGUCCAUUGGAAGUCAGGAGAUGUGGCUGGAUUGAUGCAGAGGUGCUGAUCCAAGCACCGCAGACCCCAGCUGCCGGGAGGAAUCCAUGAGCGCACGACCUCGGCUAUGGACAUCGUCCUGUCGGAUUUUGUUCGCUCAACAGGGGCAGAGCCGGGACUGGCUAGAGACCUGCUCGAAGGCAAGAACUGGGACCUGAGCGCAGCCCUGAGUGACUUUGAACAGCUAAGGCAAGUGCAUGCUGGCAACCUACCCCAUUCCUUCAACGAAGGACGCAACUAUAAACCCCCUGAAAAAGAGGCAGCCCGUCCCGGGCGACCGCCGCUCCAGCGGCAGGAUGAUAUCGUGCAAGAAAAACGCUUGUCUCGAGGCAUUUCCCAUGCCAGCUCGACCAUCGUCUCCCUGGCCCGGUCCCACGUCUCCAGCAACGGCAGCAGCGAACAUCUGCUGGAGAUGCCCAUCUGCACCUUCCAGCUGCCUGACCUCACCGUGUACACGGAGGACUUCCGCACCUUCAUCGAGCGAGACCUCAUCGAGCAGUCGAUGCUGGUGGCGCUGGAGCAAGCUGGUCGUCUGAACUGGUGGGCGAAUGUGGAUCCCAGUUGCCAAAGGCUGCUUCCCCUGGCCACCACCGGUGACGGGAACUGCCUGCUCCAUGCCGCCUCCCUGGGUAUGUGGGGUUUCCACGAUAGAGAUCUCAUGCUUCGCAAAUCCCUUUACACCUUGAUGGAUAAAGGCAUGGAAAGGGAAGCCCUGAAGCGGAGGUGGCGUUGGCAGCAAACGCAGCAGAACAAGGAGUCUGGUCUUGUUUACACUGAAGAGGAGUGGCAGAAGGAGUGGAACGAGCUGAUCAAGCUGGCAUCCAGUGAGCCUCGUGUACACUACGGCACCAACGGGGGCAGCUGUGGAGGUGUUGAAAGCUCUGAAGAGCCGGUGUACGAGAGCCUGGAGGAGUUUCACGUCUUCGUCCUCGCCCACGUGUUGAAGAGACCCAUAGUGGUGGUGGCAGACACGAUGCUGCGGGACUCAGGGGGAGAAGCCUUUGCCCCUAUUCCCUUUGGAGGGAUCUAUCUUCCCCUGGAAGUCCCAGCCAACAAAUGCCAUCGUUCUCCAUUGGUCCUGGCUUACGACCAAGCCCAUUUUUCUGCCCUGGUAUCCAUGGAGCAGAAGGAACCCACAAAAGAUCAAGCUGUGAUCCCCCUGACGGACUCCGAGCACAAGCUGCUCCCUGUGCACUUUGCCGUGGAUCCCGGGAAGGAAUGGCAGUGGGGAAAAGACGACAGUGACAAUGUCAAGCUGGCCAGUGUGACGUUAUCACUGGAAGCAAAGCUGCACUUGCUGCACAGCUACAUGAAUGUUAAAUGGAUCACAUUGCCUUGUGACAUGCAGGCGCCUUUGGCCCAGCCAGAAUCCCCUACAGCCUCCGCGGGCGAUGACGCUCGUUCAGCUGCGGAGUCGGGAGAGUCAGACAAGGAGUCGGUCUGCAGCAGUUCAGCGAGCAAUGGUGGCAGCAGGGGCUGCAAGGACAAAGAGAAACCAAAGAAAGAGCGAGAAAAGGAUAAGGAAAAAGAUAAAAAACGGGCAGACUCGGUUGCCAAUAAGCUGGGCAGCUUCGGCAAGACUUUGGGAAGUAAGCUAAAAAAGAACAUGGGUGGCUUGAUGCACAGCAAAACUAUCAAGGGAGGUGUGAGCAACGGGCAGGGGGAUACCUUGGAGAAGAAGAAGAAAGGAUCCUUGAAGUCCAGGAAAGGCAGCAAAGAGGAAUCUUCUCAAGGAGACUUGUCAGCUCCUGUGGAGAAACCCUGCCCAGGUAAAGCAGCCCCUGAAAAGCCGGCGGACCCCUACAAGUACAGCAACGACGUUAGGCUGAGCCUGAGCAUCCUCCGGGCUGCCAUGCAGGGAGAGCGCAAGUUCAUCUUUGCCGGCCACCUCAAGACAAGCAACCGGCACCAGUACCAGGAGGAGAUGAUCCAGCGGUACCUUCUGGAUGCCGAGGAACGUUUUAUGGCUGAGCAGAAACAAAAGGAGGCCGAGAAGAAGGCGCUGGGGAGCGCUGCUCCUGCCAAGAAGCUGGAGCUGGAGGCGAACACCCACAAGGGUGAGGAAGCGAUGCUCACCCCCACUUACGCCCAGCCUCCCCCCACGUACACCAUCCAGACCCCAGAUCUGGCCAUAGGCACUAAAAUAGCAGCUUUUCCCUCUGGCUAUUCAGGUGUUUUCACCUUUCCAAGACCCUCCAUGGUGAACAGCAUGGAAGGGUCGCACCCCCCCAGCUAUCAAGACAGCAGGCGGCAGGUAGCUGGGGGGUCCUGCAGCAGCCUUCCUCCCUACGCUACCUUACCCAGACAUUGCACCCAGGCGCGGCCGAAUCCCUACCAAACCAGCCCUUCCCACCUGGGGAGAUUCUCCCCCACGGACAUGGACAUCCAUCCCACCUACCCGUCGGAGUGCGAUGGCUCAACCUGCCUCCCCCCGCACAGCAACGGCUACAGGGAAUACCUCGACCAGGAAAGCUCGCAGAAAGGAAUGCCGGCAGACAAAAAUAAAAGCCGAGUUCUUUAUAACAUUCAGCAGACCAAAUGCAAGCAGCCAAACUGCAGUUUUUACGGACAUCCAGAAACUGGGAAUUUCUGCUCGUGCUGUUACAAAGAGGAGCUGAAACGCAAGGAGCGAGAGGCUCUAGUGCACAGGUUCUGAGCGCCCUGCCCUGGCGCUGAUCUUGGGACCCAUGAAAGAUGGGGAAUGCAAUAAUAUAUAUAUAUAUAUAUAAUUUUUUUUAAACCCCCCCCCCCGCUCCUCUCCCUGUCUGUGGAAGGAGGGAGCAGGUAUUUGGCUGGAUGGGCUGAGAAAUGAGAUUUGGCUGGUGUGACAAAGGUGAUGCAGGAGGGUGGUGGGAGGGAUAGGGGGUGAGAAAAACCAGUUCCCCCCUCCCAGAGACCCUGCAGGAGGGAGGAGGAUGCUUUUCAAGAGGCUUCUUCUGGCAAGGGGUGACUAGGAUUAGCGGAGGGUGUGCUCAGGUUGGAGCACAGGGUGCAAGGGGGGGUUCUUCAAAACGAUUCAAUAAACCAGACCAAAGCUUUCGGAGAAGGCAAACAGGGAGCAGCGCCCUGCCGGGUCCUGCCAGCUGGACUCUGACGGCACUAACUGCCCAGAAUUGAGUGAAAACACCCCAGCGAUUUCAGUUUGAAUGUGACAAACCUUUUAACUGAGAUUUUUUUUUUUAACAGUUUUUAUUUUAUAUUUCUUUUUGCUGGUACUGAGUGAAACUUAGUUGGAAUUGGACGUUAUUGGUUUUUUUUUUUGCAGUUGAACGCGUCCAAGCCCAGCCCCAUUGGAUGUCUCCGACCAUCUCUUAGCAGCGGGCUUGGGGCUCUGCCCUUCCAAUGGGCUCAACUCUGGUUUUAAAAUGUUAUUUUUAAACUCUUUUUUCUUGGGGUGGGAGGGAGACGGAGGGGUGGUCACAGUGCUUGAGUGGUUUUGAGGUUUUUUUCCUGCAGAAGUACUGUGCAAAACCAUUCUGUUCGCGGUACGGUUGACCCGACUUAGUAAGAAUUGAGACAAGAAACAAG